AUGGCGAGUCAAAAAGCUGAUAAUACCGACCCGAAAAACACGACCCGUGCUAGUGACUCAUUGAAUGCGCUGAAGGUCCAGUGCUCAAUAUGUUUCGACAUCUUCCGCGCGGUCGACGUUGUUUUUUGGACUAGAAAUUGUGGCCAUGUUUUCCACAAGAGGUGUCUGAUGAGAUGGCUGAAAUCAUCUAACACCUGCCCACUGUGCGCGUCAUUCUGCAACGUGCAUAUUAUCCACCGACUGCGCCUCAACUUUUCCGAAGUAAGGAUCAACCGGAAUCCGGAACCGGAAGUGGAUCAGCCCAAUCCCCAUUUUGAGUGGGUUCCCAUGAACCUGAGUAAGGAUACCCGCACUAAGGACUCCCAUCGGCCUCCCAAAGGAGCCGUAAAAUGUGGGAGGUGGAUGAGUGGAUUUCUCACGCAUGUGGCUCGCGCCUAUUUCAAUGACAAUCUCCUGCCGGCGCAAUAUGUUCUUAGAAAGAAAAGAGCCUUUGCGGCGUGGGAUGGUGACACCAUGGAGUUCACCGAAGGCGUGGAGGUGCUGGUGCUCAGGGAUUGCGUCCCCAAAUGGGUGGCCUCUCGGAACGGAGGCUACCCGCCCGAUGCCCUGCCCACCGGCUACUCGCAUUUGGGAGAGGUAACCUAUACGGGGCGCUCUAGAUUUGGAGAAACCAGGCUCGGCACGGUGCACCCUUCCUACGGGAAGAUGUUCAUACCAUACAUACCAUACAUGCAGAUGGAGCUCGGUGUUAAUCGCUACGAGGUCUUGGUGGUAACUCCUCCUGUUGUCUUAGCAUUGCAGAAAUAA